UUGACUCCUUAAUUAUUACAAGGAUAUUUUGUUGUCACAACAAUUAGGGUUAAUUACUCUAAUUUUUUUAUUGACUGUUUUUCUUUUAGAAAGUAACAAUGAUAAAAAAUCACAUAUUUGUGUUACUGGCUAGUAUUUUAUGUUUGUUAUUGACAUGCAAUGGAAAAGUCAAUGUAAAAAAUGUUCAUGUUGUUGGCAAUGUAAAGGAAUAUAAAAAAGUGUUAAAAACACAUACCAAUGUCCUGACACUAUAUUCUAAAGAUGAUAAGUCAGUUUUAAGCACAUUACGAUUGUUAGAUGGGGUAGCAAAGGAAGUUAAAGGAAAGGGAACUAUUGUUUAUAUUAACUGUGGAGAAGAUAAAGAAUCUAAAAAGCUCUGCAAGAAAUAUAGUGUUAACCCGAAACCAAAAUUACUCAAGCAUUACAAAGAUGGAGCUUUUCACAAGGAUUUUGACAGGAAAGAAACUUCAAAGUCAAUGUUGACAUUUAUGCUUGAUCCAUCGGGUGAUGCACCAUGGGAAGAGGAUCCAACUUCUAAAAGUGUUGUGCAUAUUAAUAGUGAGAAAGAUUUGAACAAACUUCGAAGAAAAGAAAAAGGUCCAAUGUUAAUUAUGUUUUAUGCGCCCUGGUGUGGUUACUGUAAGAAAUUGAAACCUGAUUACUCUGCAGCUGCUUCUGAACUUAAGGGAAAAGCUGUACUGGUAGGCAUGGAUGUAGACAAACCAGAUGCAUUCAAUGUUCGAUACCAGUUCAACAUUACUGGAUUCCCAACUCUUAUCUACUUUGAGAAAGGAGAAAAGAAAUACAGAUAUGCUGGUAAAUACGAUAAGCAGGGUCUUAUUGAUUGGCUAGCAGAUCCUCAGCCUGAAGGUUCUGGUAAAAAAGAUGAAGAAGAAGAGACACCGUGGUCUUCACAAGCACCUGAAAUAUUACACCUCACUGAUGCUACUUUUGAUGAAAAUUUAAAAGCUAACCCAUCGAUGCUUGUGAUGUUUUACGCACCUUGGUGUGGGCAUUGCAAGAACAUGAAACCUGAAUAUGUUGACGCAGCGAAACAAAUGAAAGAAGAAGAGAUUGCAGGUUCGUUAGCCGCUGUAGAUUGCACCAAAGAACAGGGUGUUUGUAAAAAAUUUGAUGUCAGUGGUUAUCCAACUAUCAAAUAUUUUGCCAACGCAGAAUACAAAUUUAAACUCAGUAUUCGAACCAAAGAUAAAAUAAUAGAGUUCAUGAAAAAUCCUGAAGCACCUCCACCACCUCCCCCUGAAGAUAUGCCUUGGGCAGAGGUUUCUUCUCCAGAAAUUCUCCACUUAGAAGAUGACAGUUUCAAGGAAAGUCUAAAAAAAAAGAAACACGUUCUUGUAAUGUUUUAUGCACCUUGGUGUGGACACUGCAAGAAAGCGAAACCUGAGAUUGAAAAGGCUGCAGAGCAUUAUAAAGAUGAUCGCAAGGUCUGGUAUGCAGGGGUUGACUGUACAGUGCAUCGCAAAAGUUGUGAACGAUUUGACGUGUCUGGUUAUCCGACUUUUAGAUACUUUUUGUAUGGCAAAAAAGAUUUCGCUUAUAAUGGAGACCGAACUGCAAAUGGUUUCAUCGACUUCAUGAAAGAUCCCACUGAUAAACCUGCUCCAGUGCCUCCAGCAGAGGAGGAGUGGAAAGACACGCCCAGUGAUGUUGUACACCUGGGGGAUGAUGAUUUUGAUAAGUUUAUUUCAGAUAAUCCCUCUGUUCUGGUUAUGUUCUAUGCACCUUGGUGUGGCCAUUGCAAAUCUAUGAAGCCUGCGUAUACUGAAGCAGCUGGCGAUCUUGUUGGAAAGGACCAUGUUUUGGCUGCCGUAGACUGUACGAAAAAUCGUAAAGUGGCUGGCAAAUACGAGAUCAAGGGUUAUCCAACUCUGAAAUAUUUCAAAGAUGGAAAGAAUUCUGAAUACGAAGGUGGAAGAAACAAAGAGGAUUUAAUUUCUUUUUUAACUGGGGGGCCUGCAAAGAAAGAGGAAGUACCAAAAGAACCAAUUUGGGCUGACGAAAACCAGGACGUAAAACAUUUGAAUGACGGUACUUUCGAUGAUUUCGUAGCGAGUAAUCCUUCAGUGUUGGUCAUGUUCUAUGCCCCUUGGUGCGGUCACUGUCAAAGGAUGAAACCAGCGUAUGGGGAAGCUGCUAAAGUUGUCAACACGGAAAACAAGGUUGAUGGGCAACUUGCAGCAGUCGACUGUACGACCAACCCAGGCACGUGCAGACAAUACAGUAUAACAGGCUACCCAACACUGAAGUAUUUCAAAAAUGGCGUAAAAGAUCAGGAUUAUGAUGGAGGUAGAGAGAAAGAAGAAAUCAUCAAAUUCAUGAUUAACCCACAACCGCUACCGCCUAAACCUGUCGAAAAAAGCUGGGCUGAAGAAGACCAACAUGUGUCUCACUUAACCGAUGAUACAUUUGGUAGUUUCAUGGAGGAACACAGAUCCGUGCUUGUUAUGUUUUAUGCACCGUGGUGUGGUCAUUGUAAAAAGAUGAAACCAGCGUUCAGUGAAGCUGCUGAAGCCCUCAAUAAUGAUAGUGAAAUUGAUGGAAAAUUAGCAGCUGUUGAUUGUACUGCGAAUGAGAUGUUACCUUCUAAAUAUGAUAUCAAGGGGUAUCCAACAUUAAAAUACUUCAAAACUAGCAGAAAAUUUUUCCUUGUCCCAUUAUCAAAGCCACAAAACUUGUCUGUAGCUCAGCAGAUUAUUAAAAAGUUUUUAGUUUUAAGUGAAAUAUCAGCCUUUAAUAAAAAAGCCGUGUAUUUUUUACUGUCGUUAUAUAGGGAUGGAAAAGAAGUGAUGAAGUAUCAAAAACCACGGACGAAAGAAGCUUUAAUAGAGUUCAUGAGAAGUCCUGGACAGAAGGAGAGCGAACAAGUAGUGAAGGAGUGGAAAGAUGAGCCAUCCGAAGUGCACCAUCUUACAAUGCCAGUUUUUGAUCAGUUCUUAAAAGGCAAAGACGUUUUAGUGAUGUUUCACGCCCCCUGGUGUGGUCAUUGCACUAGCAUGAAACCGGCGUAUAUGCAGGUUGCAAAGCAUUUAAAAGAGGAAAACUUCCCGGGUGUUUUGGCGGCUGUUGAUGCUACGAAGGAAAGAGAAUUAGUGAAGCGCGAGGGAGUGACUGGUUAUCCGACUUUGAAAUAUUACAGUAAUGGUGUAUUUGUGGAGGAUUUCGAAGAGCACCGAACUGAUGAAAAUUUGUUGAAUUUCAUGAAGAAAAACCUAGAUUCCAACGAUCGGCGUGCGGCUUCUGUUGAUGAAGAUACGUUCGAGGAAAUACCAAGCUCUGUGGUGCAUUUACAAAAAGACACGUUUGAACCGCAUAUUGAGAAAACGCAACACGUACUUGUGAUGUUCCACGUGAAGUGGUGUAAACAUUGUGCAGAAUUGCGUGCUGACUUAAUGCAAGCAGCUUCUCGAUUAUCCAGCUCUCCUAAUAUGGGAAUAGCUGAUGUAAAUUGCGAUCUUGAUGGAGAACACUGUCAUAGUCAUGGUGUGACGUCAUUUCCUACCAUCAAAUAUUACGGCAACGGUAAAUUUGUAGAAAAUUAUUCUGGCGAGCUGAAUGCUGAUGCGUUCACCGUUUAUUUGCAAGCAAAAGCGACAAGAGAAGAACUGUAACAAAUUAUACAUUUAUAUUUUAUAGGGAGGGAAAAUUUUUGAAUUACAAAUUUUACGUGUACUUUUUACACGGCUACAUUUUUCAAAUGAAGAGAAGAGGUUUUAAUGAUA